GAUCACGGCGACGACUCGGCUCCUCAUUCCACCGUUUCCUGCCGAAAACGAGGGACUACGCCGAUCACCAACCCCGAAGACUUCUGCGUGAAUGCCACAAUGACGAGGAGAGGCACUAGAGAAGGACGCACCCGCUGCCACAUUCAGCAGACGAUGGUGGCUCUCUUUUGCUUUGCGUCACUGCUUUCGUUGAUCAUGCCGCAAGCUUCCGCGGGAUCCCAUGCGCACCACAACAUUCAUGGCGAAGAUCUUGGUCUGCCCGUCACCUCAUCGUUCGAAGGAGCGGUCGGCUACUCCAGUCGAUGGCGGCGUUGGUGGUGGGCUCCAGUGACACUCCUGGUUGCAUUCGUGGGGAUUUAUGCACACGGUGCCAUUAUGACUUCUUUCAAAGCAUGUGCAACACAACUACGGAGAUUAUCGAUAUCGAAAGCAUCCCACAUUCUCAGCAUUGACCCAGUUACACCACCUCCUAAAUCGAAAUUUGAUCCUCACUCAACUGCCUCCGUAGUAAGGAGGCAAAACGGACACCUAACGGCAACAUCCUCGAUACGAACCCAGAGCGGGACGUGGCCCUUGAGAGGCCAGCGCUUGUUUGAAAACCCCAACGACUCCAUGGUUGAUGGAGCGGAGUCAAUGGAAGAAGGGGAAGUUGACGAUGCAAAAUCAAGCUUCUCUCCUUUCUCACCUAACGACCCUUCAGUAAAUGUGACUUCGCCAUCGGUGGACAUUGUCGUGGCUGGAGAUACGCCUUUAAAUACGCAGUCAUUGGCCAGCGACAGUGCUGCCAAGUCGGCAGAUAGAGAAACGCGCACAAAUCCGGAUUCACGAAGAGCUCUCGUACCGCCGUCUUCGUCAUCGUCAUCACGGAAAAAGAACCGUCAUCGUCGACAUGUAUCUUCCGAUCCCCUGAUUGAGAACAGUGCUAGCGAUGUACCGCAUCGUGAUGCGCAGUCGUCGGCAACGGGAACCGCUCCAUCGCGCAUUGCGAAGGAGAAAAGAGCGUCUAAGCAGCCGAAACCGCCUGUCGCGAGCAACGAGACCACUAUAGAAGCGCACAAUCGUACAUCAGUGUCACCCGUUGGCAAAGAUCUCCCAACCAAAUCCGCUAAGCCGGCUGAUAACAGCAACGCAUCGCAGAACCACAUCGGCCAUUCAUCGAACAUCAAUGUGAAUCAGAGCAAAACGUCAGCAAAUGCACACAAUCGAAGCGUUUCCACACCGUCACCCCCAGGCCCACGCACAUCAACCAUCAUACCCCACAAACCAAACACCCUGUACUCUACAUCCAUCACAUCUCCACAAACACGCCCAUCGCUCGUCAGCAAAUCACCACUGGCCAAUGCUGCCGAAGACAAACCAUCCUCGUUCAACAACAUCAAACAGAAUGCGACUUGGCCCGCCUUGACAACCAAGAAGUCCCGGAGUGUCUCGCCUUCACCGCCACCACCCAGCUAUGAAGACGUAUUGUUGGAGUCUCGACAUCAGGCUCAGCAAAGGCGACCUUCGUUGAACGGAGUACGUUUCUAUGAUCACGAGCGGGACUUACAAGUCAAGCAUACCGUUCGCUCCCCGUACAUGAUGGCAGACUCCAUGCCGCCGAGAAGCGUGGCGGAUGUGAGGAGCCCCGAGUCGGAUGCGCUCCAUACCGAUCAACAAUGGUACAGUCCGUUCGAAAGCGGCUUGGAUUUCGGAUUCCGCCCUCAGCCCACCGGGUGGGCCGACCACGUCACCGAAGCCCCCAAGCCGACCAACCCAGUCGUCACGCCGGAAACGGCAAAACCUCCUCGCACAGGAAUACCCAUGGCCCAGUUCAUAACCGCCAAGCCCUUCAUACCAUCGAGCACACCAACAACAAAGACACCAACGGUCCCGCCUCCGCCAGGGUUCUCGCCCCCGCCCGCCGCCAAAGUGAUGCCUAGCGUUAUAGGCGAACGCAACGGGCGCGCGUUCAGGAACCGAGACGGAAGCCAUGGGCGGCCUGCAUCGCCGCCUUCUGUAUUUAGUCUUUUUGAUCGGCGUAUUUCGUUUAUGGUGGGGCGGCAGCAGAAUUCUUAGGUUCUGUUCCUGCGUUCUUCUUUUUCUUUUGCGACGACCUUUGCAGGGAGAUUAUGGCGAUCGAGGAGGGGAUUGGAUGGCAAAUAGCUGCAUGUGGGGAAGGUGGAUAGUGCUUCAAACGGGGACAGCUUCAGGAAGAUUAUAGGUGCCUCGUUCGCGUCGCUUAGGGUUCAGCGUUCAAUGGGACCCUGGACGUUCGUCGGGAAUAGCAUCUAAUGAUGGGAUACAAUCUUCCAUAGAUUACAGAUAGAGCUGUAUAGCGUGUGAAGC